UGAACGGAACCUCUAACUUCGAGCUGAGGUCGAGCAUCGUGUAAAUCAUUAUCUCAAUCAGUAGAUAAUUUCUAUCUAGCUCUCGACAACAAUCAUUCAAUUUUCUCCACAAGAACUAUUUAACAUUAUGGAUCUGAGUGUUGUGUAUUGAAUACUUUGUGCAGCAAUAUUGCGGAUUCUAGAUCUCAGAGAGAAGGAAGACGAAGAUUCUGUGGAUGGUAUCGAAGUGCAUGGUCUCAUAUGAGAGGGAACUGUUUCAGAAAUGUAAACAUGAAGAAGAGAAGAAGACUCUACGUCCAAAUCAUCGUUCUAGUCUUAGGUUUAAGUUUAAGCCUAUUGGGCAUUCUUCUAUUAGUAUUCCUAGAUCCUAUUCACGAUGGUAUCAUUAAAACUGCCAUGAACUUCAAAGAGGGGUCAGCUUCUUAUACAGCAUGGCUCAGUAACAAUCCUCCCCUAGAUAUGGACGUUUAUCUAUUCAAUUGGACGAAUCCAGAGGAUAUAAGAGAUCCCGACAUAAAACCUAAGUUUGACAGAUUAGGACCCUAUAGAUUCAAAGAAUGUAGGACGAAAAUUAAUAUUACCUGGAACGACAAUAAAACAGUUUCCUUCAGGCAUAGGAAAAUGUAUCAUUUCAAUGAAAAGGAGAGUGUUAGGCCUCUAGAAGAUAUGAUAACUACAGUUAAUGCAGUUUCUUUGACUAUUGGUUACAAAGUACGUUAUUCAGGAUAUUUUCCAAGGAAAGCGAUCUCAUAUUCACUCUCCAGUUUGAGUUCAGUAGAAGUUACGGAACCAGCUGGUAAAAUAUUGUUCGAUGGCUUCGAUGACAGUAUUCUAAGUAUUUUAAACUUAGCUUCUUUUGGCGAAAUCAAGGACAAGUUUGGACUAUUCUAUGGAACGAAUGGUUCUGAAGGUAAAGAUGGUUAUUACAACAUGCAUUACGAAAAUGACGAUAAGUUUGGUGCGAUAGCCACCUGGAACUACAGAAACACCACUGAUUUUUAUACCGGACACUGUAAUGACAUCAAAGGGUCAGCUGGUGAAUUUUAUUCAAUCAACCAGAAAAAGGAUCAAAUCGUAUUCUAUUCUCCAGAACUCUGCAGAUACGCCGUAAUGGAAUAUGUCGGAGAAGUCAUGGUCAAGGGAAUCAGAGGCUACAAAUACACCGGAAAUUAUAUUUUUGAUAAUGGCACAUUGAGACCAGAGAAUAGAUGUUUCUGUAACGGAGAAUGUAAUCCUUCUGGUGUAUUCAACGUCUCACUUUGUAGACAGGGUUCACCAACAUUCCUGUCGUUCCCCAAUUUCUACCAUGCUGACCCUUACUAUACUGAUGCUAUCGAGGGUGUGAUUCCAAAUAAGGAGAGGGACGAAUUUUAUAUUGUUCUAGAACCAAAAACUGGAAUCGUUAUUGAUUUGGCAGCUAGAAUGCAGCUCAAUAUGCUGCUUCAACCAAUUCAAGAUAUUUUGUUAUUUGAAAAAGUGCAGAAAGUUUAUGUGCCAAUAUUCUACUUUGACCAGAAGAUCUCUAUCAAAGAUCACCUAGUAACAAGCAUAAAAAUUCUUCAACAUUUCCCUGAAAUCUGCACUGGAGUCUCCACAACUUUCAUGACAAUCGGCAUUUUAAUCCUUGUAGGAUUGUUUGUACACUUCUAUUAUGACUGUGCCUGCGCUAAGAAGAAAUAUCAAAUAGAGCAAGUGAAGAAGCCUGUUUCCAUGCAAGAUAUUUCUGUAGCUCAUGGUGCACCUGCAAAAUAUUGAACUUAAUUUUUUUGUACAUAAUACCUUGUAAUAUAUAUUUUAAAUGUC